AUGGCGUUUCUCUUGCGCAUUCGAACAUCGGAAUCUCUCUUCCACACCGUGAUUCGAUUCCGACUCCUAUCUUCCGCCUCGUUAAUCCUGACACCGAGUUCCAAAACCUCGCUCACUAGCAAUCAUAAGAAGAGCCGGGAAGUUCUCUCCCUUCUCAAAACCGAGAAUAAUCCAAAUCGGAUCCUCGAAAUAUGCAGAUCCGCUUCUCUCUCACCUGAUUACCACGUCGACCGAAUCGCGUUCUCCGUCGCGGUCGUUACACUGGCGAAGGAGAAACACUUCGCCGCUGUGUCGGAGCUUCUCGACGGAUUCAUUCAAAACCAACCAAAUCCCAAAUCGGAGAGUUUCGCCGUCCGGGCGAUUAUUCUAUACGGCCGAGCAAAUAUGCUUGAUCGAGCUUUACAGACAUUCCAUAACCUCGAGCAAUACGAGAUCCCAAGAACGGUAAAGUCUUUGAAUGCUCUUCUUUUCGCUUGCUUAAUGGCGAAAGAUUACAGAGAAGCGAAACGAAUCUACUUCGAAACACCGAAGAUCUAUGGCAUUGAGCCUGAUCUCGAAACGUACAAUCGAAUGAUUAGAAUCUUGUGUGAAUCUGGUUCAACGAGUUUAUCAUACUCCAUUGUUGCAGAUAUGGAGAGGAAAUGGAUAAAGCCAACAGCUUCUAGCUUCGGUUUAAUGAUUGCUGGUUUUUACAAAGAGGAGAAGUAUGAUGAUGUGAGGAAAGUUUUGAGAAUGAUGAAAGAAUUCGGUGUUCAUGUCGGUAUUUCGACAUACAACAUCAUGAUUCAGUGUUUGUGUCAAAGGAAGAAAUCUGCAGAAGCAAAGGCAUUGCUUUGUGGUGUUAUGUGUAGUAGGAUGAGACCGAAUUCCGCGACGUAUUCGCAUUUGAUUCAUGGGUUUUGCAGUGAGGAGAAUUUGGAUGAGGCGAUGAAUUUGUUCGAGGUUAUGGUGAAGAGUGGGUACAAGCCUGAUAGUGAAUGUUACUUUGCGUUAAUGCAUUGUUUGUGUAAAGAGGGAGACUUUGAGACAGGUUUGAUCCUUUGUAAGGAGAGUAUGGAGAAGAAUUGGGUUCCGAGUUUUAGUGUCAUGAAAUGGCUUGUUAAUGGACUAGCGAGUCUUUCGAAAGUCGAAGAAGCAAAGAAGCUCAUCGCGCAAGUAAAACAGAGGUUUACAAGAAAUGCUGACUUGUGGAAUGAAGUUGAAGCAGAAUUGCCUCAUUGA